AUGGCGAGUCGCAGCACAGCAGGACUUGGCUAUGUAAGUCCAACCAGAAGCACUCAUGUUGGUGAAAACUCCUGCAUUAUUAACAAGGCUGAUGCCGGCCCACCGGAGAGCCACCGUUACUACCUUGCACGCCGAACUGUUUUGGAAAUGUUAAGAGAUAGAGGCUGCGUCAUCAACGACUCCGAGAUCACUCGCUCUCUCGCCGACUUCCGUUCGGUGUUUGGAAACCAGCCUGAUCCUGAUCAUCUCCGUAUCUGUGCCCCUUUCUCCUCCAACCCAUCCAAAAAGAUUUUGGUCAUUUUCUGUGGUCCUGGGGAGAUAAACAAAGCAAAAGCUACUCACAUUUUGUUUAACAUCCCCAAUAAGGAGAGCUUGCACCGGAUUAUCAUAGUUUUGCAAGACAAGAUGAAUCAUUUUGCUCGGACAGUGUUUGAUGAAUUUCAAGUCAAGGUGGAAAUGUUCCCUAUUACUGAACUGUUUGUCAACAUUACAACACAUGUUGCUGCGCCAAAGCAUGAAAUAUUGACUACUGAAGAGAAGGAGCAAUUGCUUAAAAAGUAUGAACUGGCCGACAAUAAGAUUCCAUAUAUGCUGGCGACCGAUGCUAUCGCAAGGUACUAUGGACUCGAAAAGAAGCAGGUGGUGAAAGUGACUUAUAACAGCAACAUAACAGGUUCAUUUGUUACCUAUCGCUAUGUGAUGUGA